GUUUGAAGUUAUAGACUAAACAGUAUUAAAGCUAGUUACCAAAAAAUAAAUAAUUUAAUAAAAUGGAGCAAUUUCUUAACAAAAAGUACAAACUGGAUAGAACAGAAAACUUUGAGGCAAUGAUGAAGGAAAUGGGAUUUAAUUCUGUGAUGAUCAAAAUAGCAAAAACUUUCACAACUGUAGUGCAGCUUACAAAAAAAGGAGACUUAUAUUCACUUAACUCAACAAUCAUGCUCUUCUCAACUAGUCAAAAAUUCAAAUUAGGCGAAGGAAAGAACGUCACAACAUCGGAUGGAAGAAAAGUAGUAAAUAUCUUUGAAAUUGAGGGUAAUAAACUGAUUGAGAAGCAAAUUGGAGAGAAAACUUUGAUAAUUGAGCGAGAAUAUUAUGAAGAUCAAAUGAUUGCUAGAGCUGGAUUUGAGAAUGGGGAGGUCUGUACGAGUUGGUGUAAAGUUGUGCCGAGUUAAGCAAUUAAAUGAAUUUUUAUGAAUUUUGUUGAACACUUUUGGGGCUAUUCACAAAUGCCAUCUACUUAAUAAAAUAUUUUAAACAUACUUCUUUAUUCCAUAUUAAAUUUAAAGAACUUCAAGAGGUCCAAUGGGGUCUGGACUAUUUGUUUAAGAUAACAAAUCUCGUAGUCAGCUUCGAGUAGCCUCAAAAAAACGACUUGAGUCAACUUUGAGCUAUGUACAUUGCAUUUCUAAAAAUCCUCUUCUCCCUUCCUUUUUGAUCAUGACCUCAUAUCUGGUUG